UCAUGUUAGCUAUGUGUUAAUGGAACGUUUGGCCCCACUGGCUUGCCGUAACUCUACACUGUGUACAGAUCGGUGUAGAUAGCCAAGAGAAAACUCAAUGGAAAAGACAAUCGAACUAUCUAGCAGUGCUGACUGGUUAGCUCUGUAACAAACUGCAGCUAUCAACACAGUCGCGUCACUUGCAAGAAAAUCAAGCUGUGUUCCCCACUACGUUGACUGCCGAGCAGCUGUUCCCUCCAUUGCACUCGAGUCGCUACGUGAAACACCAGCAAAAUGUUGAACCCCGCCAACGGGGACCCAGUACACGUUGUAACCAGAUAUGUCGAAGAGUAUUUAGAUUUGGUUGAAUCAUUGCCUCUCGACUUACAAAGAUGUGUGUCUCUGAUGAGGGAAAUCGACGCAAAAUAUCAAGAAAUCCUACAGGAGCUGGAUGAAACUUAUGAGAAGCACCGACAGGAGACUGACCCAGUCCAGAGGAGGCGACUUCUCCACACGAUCCAGCGAGCCCUGAUCCGGACCCAGGAGCUGGGCGAUGAAAAGAUCCAGAUCGCAGGCCAGAUGGUGGAGCUGGUGGAGAAUCGGACCCGGCAGGUGGACUGGCAUGUGGAGCUGUUCCAGGCCUGCCAGGCCGGCUCGCCCGAGACCAACACCCCCGUGGGAUCCACAUCCGCCGUGACCCCCGUUGCCAUGACUCCCCCCGCCAUGACGUCUGGCAAGCCCAGCGUGGACAAGCGGCGUGAGGAGACCCCCAGCUCUGUGGACAAGUCCGGCGGCGGCAAGCGCUCGCGUCGGCAGAAGAACGGCGGCGAGAACCGCGAGAACUCCAACUACAGCACAGACCAUGGCGAUGAGGUGGUCGUUGGCACGCCCAAAGAGAAGCGCGCCAAGUCCUCCUCCUCCUCGUCCUCGUCCAAGAAGAAGAAGCGGUCAAAGGCCAAACAAGAGAGGGAGGCGUCGCCCGCCGAUCUGCCCAUCGACCCCAACGAGCCUACGUACUGCCUGUGUGAGCAGGUCUCCUAUGGCGAGAUGAUUGGCUGCGACAACGACGAGUGCCCUAUCGAGUGGUUCCACUUCUCGUGCGUGGGUCUCCACCACAAACCCAAAGGGAAAUGGUAUUGUCCCAAAUGCCGUGGCGAGAACGAAAAGACUAUGGACAAGGCGCUGGAGAGGUCCAAAAAGGAGAGGGCGUACAACAGGUAGCUUCCUACCUGCAAACUCAACACCCCCCAUACUCUCAUGAAACUGGACAUGUUUUCAAUUUUUCAAUGUUUCACGUUUUUUUCAUUCUCACUCUGCCGUCCCUAUGUGUGUCACAAAAAAUAAUGCGUUGAAGGUCUGACCUUAGGUGUUUUGUUCAGAUUUAAUCGUGUUGGAUAUGUUGCUGUCAAGAAGGGUUGUGUGUCCUCGGUUAAAUGUUAACUUUAUAUUAAAAACAAGAGAAAAAAUAUGCUUGGUUAGAUUUACUCCACACCACACACCAUUCCUUUCUCCAUUGCUUGUCAUCUUUAAUGUGGAACAGUAAGCCGUGAUUCUAAACAAAGACUGCCCUAGGAAGUGACCCCUCCUCAAAUGGACCAGGUUUUUCUCCGGAGGGCUUUGGUCUUUGUUUAUAUACAAUCAUUUUCCUUACAUCUGCCUUGUGACCCACGCCCAUCCAGCCCUCCUGGUACUGUGUUUUGUUACUUUGAAGAAUGUCAUGUUGGUGUGAGUACAUUUUCAACCAUA